UUCGAAAUAAGUUCUCUACCUCAUUCCUCGAACAGAAUCAUGCAGUUCCUACUGUCGUAUCUUUCUUCUUUCGUGCCAAGACACAACCUCGGGCCACCAAUCGUUGAAGUUGCACCAGGACGAAAAGUCACUAACGUACAUUUUCUUACUUUGUGGUACCUUUUGCUCAUUUGUGCCAUACAGCGGCUUGUUGCUGCCAAACUACCGGAAUACAAGAAAGUAGAUGAUACCCGGCAGUCAUCUAACCAACAGGCUACCGUGCUGCAGGAAACUGACACAUGUGCCAUUGAUUCGCUUCCAGAUGUGCAUUGGUGCAAAGUGUUUCUCUUCUAUUAUUCGUGAUGGUAUCAUGGCAGACUGAGGAUGCCUCCUCGAUGGCGCUUGGAGCGUGCUGACGUACCGUUUCUAUUCGUGUCAGAUUUCUACACUGAUGAUCAGACUGCCUUUCGACGGUUUGCCUCGCAGACGUUCAACGUUCAGCGGUUACCAGUCCAUUGCGGGAAAACUUCAUGGUACCUUCGCUAUCUAAUGAUGUACCAUAGAACAAGGACAACAAAAUCAA